GCUCCCCCUUUGGCGUCCGAUUCCCAAUUCUAGGUCCUCCUCGGGGUCCUAACGUACAUAGAAAAUGGAUGAUGUUUUGCCAUAACAUGGACGUAAUACUGCACAUCAACUCUGACACAAGUGGCAACCCGACCGUACACUUUAGGCUUCCAUUCAAGAAGUCACCCAAAGACAUCUUGCUGGCACGCUGAUGUGAAUCCAAAAACAUCAACGCUACAAUUACACAAAAGUUCCACCUGCCUAAAAAGCUCCGACUCCGUUCGCUGCCAGGAUGAGCCUUCCUGUUCAGACAUGUUUUUCCUUACGGGAUCCUGACGUGCCGUGCCCUCUUCAUAAAGGGCGUGUGAAGAACUCUAUUGGUCAAGGAUGAAUUAUCACCCCAGCAGUGACUGUGACUUUGCUAAUCUCUCUCCCACGGACCACUGGCUUCCACGGCCGUCACAAUAGAAAUAAAGUCAAGAUUCCUUUUCCUUCAUCGGGACAGAAGAGAAAUGGUUCCAAAUGAUGCACUCGGUGGGGAAAAUUGAAGAAGAAGUUUCAACAAAAGAUUAAUCGCUGCUCCGUCCCCAACGUAACAAGGUCACUCGGACGCAAGCGAGAACGAUGUCUUUGCGAGCCAACGUCCCGGAGUGACAGCGGCGAGGCUCAGAUCCAGUUCCCCGUCCUAAUCCCGCCUGAUAUUGUCUGGAGUUCCUGCCCAUGAUGCAAGCGGCAUUGAUUUGCAGUUUGGCAGAGGGAUGAAAAAAAAAAAAACUACAUCAAAGCAAAAGUGUGCAGCAGCUUACCGAUGCUUCGCUGUCUGACUUGAAUCUCCCACUUGGGGAUCAGAGAGGUGCGCACACAGCGGACAGACACAAGCUUCAGAUUCUUCGCACAAAAAUAAGAAAUGGACCGACAACACAGCUUCUAUCGGCAAGUGGACGUUCAGGACCACGUCCACUACAUCGUCGCCUUUUUUGUCCUCGUAAUCGGGACAGUGGGUGUGACCGGAAAUGCCUUGGUCAUGUAUGCGUUUUUCUGUGACAAGAAGCUACGCACUCCUCCCAACUUUUUCAUCAUGAACCUGGCAGUCAGCGACUUUCUCAUGGCCAUCACUCAGUCGCCCAUCUUCUUUGUCAACUCCCUCUACAAGGGCUGGAUAUUUGGGGAAAUGGGUUGUAAAAUCUACGCCUUUUGCGGGGCCUUAUUCGGAAUCACGUCCAUGAUCAACCUUCUGGCCAUCUCUAUGGAUCGUUACGUCGUCAUCACCAAGCCUCUGCGGGCCUUACGAUGGACCUCAAAGCGACGCACUUGCUUCAUCAUUGGUCUGGUGUGGCUGUACUCUUUGGCUUGGAGCCUCGCACCGCUUCUCGGGUGGAGUUCUUACAUACCAGAAGGCCUGAUGACCUCAUGCACGUGGGACUACGUGACGUCGACGCCCGCCAAUAAAAGCUACACCCUGAUGCUGUGCUGCUUCGUCUUCUUCAUCCCACUGGGCAUCAUAUCUUACUGCUAUCUGUGCAUGUUCCUCGCUACUCGCCAUGCCAGCAGGGAAGUGGAAAAGUUGGGUUCUCAGGUGAGGAAGUCAACGCUGAUUCAGCAGCAGACUAUCAAGUCAGAGUGGAAGUUGGCCAAGAUUGCCUUUGUCGUGAUCAUCGUGUUUGUACUGUCCUGGUCACCCUACGCGUGUGUCACCCUCAUUGCCUGGGCAGGAUAUGCAAAUGUCCUGAACCCCUACUCCAAAGCCGUGCCGGCGGUUAUUGCCAAGGCCUCGGCCAUCUACAACCCUUUCAUCUAUGCCAUCAUUCACUCUAAAUACAGGAACACUCUUGCCGAAAAUGUCCCCUGUCUACACUUCCUAGCCCAGCCCCCCCGGAGGAACAUCAUGUCAAUGUCACAUAGCCAGUCCUCCUUCAGGGACUCGGUGCUGAGCAGACAAUCAUCCGUCUCCAAAAACAAGUUUCUACAGGUUUCCUCAUCCUUAUCCACAAUCGACACUCAGGUUUGCAGUGAUGUGGAGCUGGAUCCAAUGAACCAGAACCUUUCUCUGAGAUCCAGCUAUUCCAUUGGAGCGCUAAAGGAUCAGAGCCAGGACAGAAGACCACAAUGAUCGCGCAGAAAUAUCCUAGAGCGAAGCGCACUCCAAAUGUGUGACCUGAGUCGUGGUCCCGCUCCAGACUCGGUGGAGGAAAAGGGAAGCGGAGCAUGAGGACUUGGUCUUCUACAAGAGACAUGAACCAAAGAGGGCCACAGCAAGCCCAGGGCGAAAGGAGAAGUGGAAGUCCUCUCCUGCCACUAUCAGGGGAAAAAGGAUGCAAUCAUUACUAGAUUAAUAAUAUCUAGUCUGGAUUGUUAAAGUCAAGUCUUGGAGUAAGUCGACUUUUUUUUCCCCUCAGCGAGUGAAAGCAUAGACAAUCAAAUGCACUUAGAUAUGCCACAUUAAAGGUGUCAAAUACAAUAAGCGCAAUAAUGGUCAAUACAAUUUCAUAGUGCCAUCAUAUUAAAUGUAAAUCCAGCCAUUGAA